UCUAGAGGAGGCGUCCCAGAAGUACAAGGAUCAGAUCAGCAGCUGCCUAGAAAAUGUGAGGAAGGAGAGAGAAAAAAUUCUGGUACUUAAAGCAGACACAGAAAAGGAAAGCCAAAACCUGCUUAAACAAACAGAUGUAGAGAGGGCAAAGAUGGUGGCUGAGUUCAGGCAACUGCGCCAGUUUCUGGAAGAACAAGAGAAACGUAUUCUGGCUCAGAUGUCAGAGGUGGAGAAGGAGAUUGCAAAGAAAAGGGAGGAUCACUUGGCCAGACUCUCCAGGGAACUCUCCUCUCUUGAGAGCCUCAUCCAGGAGAUGGAGGAGAAGCUUCAGGAACCAGCCAGUGAACUCCUGCAGGAUAUUGGAAGCUUCUUGCAGAGGUCUCAGGAGAAGGAGAACUUAGAGGAUCCUCCUGUGGCUUUUCCUCUUGCCCUGAAGUGGAGGAUCAAGGACUUCUGUGAUAUAAAUCCCUUCCUGGAGGCUGCCAUGAAGCAGUUCAGAGACACUGUGGGAUCUGGACUUCAGCUGCAAGAAGAAAACGUAACUUUGGAUCCAGACACAGCACAUCCCCAGCUCCUCCUGUCUGAGGAUCGAAAGAGCGUGAGACAGGGAAAAGUGCGUCAAGACCUGCCAGACAACCCUGAGAGAUUUGACCCAUACCUCUAUGUGCUGGGAUGUGAGGGUUUCACAUCAGGAAGACAUUUCUGGGAGGUCUCUGUGGGAAGAAAGGGUGGGUGGGUGGGGGUUGCCAGAAAGUCUGUGAAGAGGAAGGGUGUUUGCUCUUUUGAUCCUACAGAAGGGAUCUGGGGUUUGGGGAAGUGGGACGGUGGGUACAAGUUCUGCUCCCCCCAUGAGAAGCCCAAGAGGAUCCGAGUGACCCUGAACUGUGAAGGGGGACGGGUGUCCUUUUAUGAUGCAGAUACAGCAGCCCUUCUCCACUUCUCGCCAGCCUCCUCAGGAGAGACCCUCCAGCCCUUGUUUUAUGUGUCUGCCAAAGGCCACUUAGCACUCUCUGAGGGUAGAGACAGACAAGCAGAUACAAUGAAUCUAAGUUUUCUCUUUUCUCAGAAGCACAGAGAAAACGAAACCAGAUCUCUCUCUCUUCCUGGAGAGGCAGCCGCCAUGGCUGCAUCUGGGGGCCCCGUGCAGGAUCUCUGCGAAGAAGCCACUUGCUCCAUCUGCCUGGAGUAUUUCCAGGAUCCAGUCAUCAUCCCGGAGUGUGGGCACAAUUUCUGCAGAGGCUGCCUGAGCCAGUGGUGGGAGAAAUCCGAAGCGGAGGCAUCCUGCCCUCAGUGCAGAGAGCAAAUUAAGCAGAGGAACCUCAUCCCGAAUCAGCCACUGGCAACUGUUUUGGAAACGCUGAUAGCCAAAAAGCUCAGUCUUCAGGGCUGGGAAACGGCAGGAGGAAAGGGGAGAAGGUGUGAGGCACACCAGGAGCCCCUGAAACUCUUCUGCAAGGACCACAAAACGCCCAUCUGCCUGGUGUGUGAUAGAUCCAAGGAUCAUGAAAGCCACAAGGUGAUUCCUCUGGAGGAGGCUUACCAGGAAUACAAGGAUCAGAUCAGCAGCUGCUUAGGCAAUCUGAGGAAGAAGAAAGGGAAAACUCUGGCAUUUAAAGCAGACGUAGAAAAAGAAAGUCAAGACCUGCUUAAACAAAUAGAAGCAGAGAAGGGAAAGUUGGUGGCCGAGUUCAGGCGACUGCACCAGUUUCUGGAAGAACAAGAGAAGCCUCUUCUGUUCCAGAUGGCAGAGGUGGAGAAGGAGAUUGCAAAGAAUAGGGAUGAACUCCUAGCCAGACUCUCCGGGGAACUCUCCUCUCUUGAAAGCCUCAUCCGGGAAAUGGAGGAGAAGCGUCGGCAGCCAGCAAAUGAACAACUGCAGGAUAUUGGAAGCUUCUUACAGAGGUCUCAGGCAAAGGAGAAGUUGGAGAACCCUCCUGUGCCUUUCCCCUCUGCACUGAAGUGGAAGAUCUGGGAUUUCUGCGAUAUAAAUCCCUUUCUGGAAGGUGACAUGAAGCAGUUCAGAGACUCUCUGGGAUCAGGACUUCGGCUGAGAAAAGAAAAUGUAACCUUGGAUCCCGACACAGCGAAUCCCUGGCUCCUCUUGUCUGAGGAUCGUAAGAGUGUGAGGCGAGGAGGAGAACGUCAAGUCCUGCCCAACAGACCUGAGAGAUUUAACAACUAUUAUUAUGUGCUGGGCCGUGAGGGGUUCACAGCAGGCAGGCAUUUCUGGGAAGUCACCGUGGGGAGCGAUGAGGGGUGGGCUGUGGGGGUUGCCAAAAGGUCUAUCAAGAGGAAGCAGGUGAUCACUGCCGGUCCCGAAGAAGGGGUCUGGGAUCUGGGGAAGUGGGGAGGCGCAUACAGGGCUGCCUGUCUCGGUUCCCGGACUGUUCUGCCCCUGAGUUGGGAGCCCGGGAGGAUCCGAGUGACCCUGAACUGUGAAGGGAGGCGGAUGGCCUUUUACGAUGCUGAUAGAGCAGCCCGCCUCUGCACGUUCUCAGCAGCCUCCUUCUCAGGAGAGACCCUCCAUCCUUUGUUUUCUGUGUUCAGUAAAGGCCAUCUAACCCUGGCUGCCUAAUGGUGGAGGCAGGCAAGACAGGGGGGAACCCCCUGCUGUCGCCACAUGCAUGCUGCCUCCAUCCCAGGAAUGAGCUCAGAGGUUACUUUCUCCCGGAGAAGAAGCCCUAUUUGCAGAACAGUGGCUGGCUGGCUCUUUCGCCGCUUGUCCUGCUCAGGCCAGGUGUGUCUAGGAAAGGCUAGUGGUGCCAGCCAGAAAGCCUGUAGACCAGGGGUGUCAAACUCAAAUUCAUCGGGGGCCGCAUCAGCAGUUUGGUCACCCUCAAAGGGCCGGUUGUAUCUGUAGGACUAUGUGUCCACUCUUUAUUAUCAUAAAUUAUUGUCACUGCAUUCAAUUAUUACUGUUUUUUGUAAUAAUGUAAGUAAUAACUAGCUCUGAAAGCAGAAACAUAGUCAGAAUAAUGGCAAGUGGAUAUUUGAAUGUACAAUUAUUGUACAAUUUAUUGAAAAAUGAUUUUUGGUAACUGCACUGGGUGGUGGAGGCUCGCUAGGGUUUCAUGCAGGACCUUUGCAGAGCUACUAGUACCUGGAGAUGCUGGGGUCCUUCUGCAUGCAGGACAGAUGUUCUGCCAGUGAGCCACCACCCUUCACCAAAGGGACUGGCUGAGGUUGACUCACUGGAGCUGCUCUCCUGGUUCCAGGGUUUAAGGGCCAGAAGUAUAAAGCAGCAUCCUAUGUUUCUGAGGAGAGGGAGAGGGAGGGAGGGAGGGAGGAAGGAAGGAAGGAAGGAAGGAAGAAAAGAGGGAGUGGGAGGGAGAGAGGAAGGAAGGAAAGAGGGGAGAGAAAGAAGAGUAGGAAAUAAGGAAGGGAAUAAAGAAGGAAAGAAAAAGAAAGAGGGAGAGAAGACGGAAAGGGAGAAAGAAGAAAGGAAGUAGAGGGAAAGAAAGAAUAAGAAUGAGGGAGAGGAAGAAAGAUGGGAAGGACGGAAGGAAGAAAGGAAGUAAGUAAGGAAGGAAGAAAGAAAGGAGGGAGCAGGGGGGAGAGAGGAAAGAAAGAGGUGACAGAAAGAAGAGUAGGAAAGAAGGAAUAAAGAAGGAAAUAAAAAGAAAGAGGGAGAGAAGACAGAGAUAAAGAAGGAAGGAGAGGGAAAGAAAGAAUAAGAACGAGAGAGAGGAAGAAAGAAAGGGAAGGGGGGGGUCGCUGCCUUGAUUCAGCGCCAGAAAAGAGCGCGAAGGGACCCAGGGGCAAAAAGCAUUUCCCGUGCAGCAUGAGGCAGCAGAUGUCCGUUUUAGAAGAAAUGCGUAAAGCCUCAGAGUUGCACAUUCGUGAGGCUGAGCCGCUGCUGAGCUCACGUUCAUGAGGCUGAGCCGCGGCAGGAGGAGGAGGAGGUGAGGCAAG